AAGUGUAAAUUCGGAAAACACAAUGUUAUUGCAAAUUACUAUUUUUUUAAAUAUAUUUAAUGUUAUAUUCAUUUAUAAGGGUUAUUAAAUUCAAAGUAAAUGUAUAUGAUAAGGUGCAAAUAAGAUUAAAUAUUACCAUGUAAAACAUUGUAUUUUUAGGUUACAAUUAUAUGACCUUUUCAUCAUCGUAUUUACACAUUUAUCUUACACAAUUUUAUACGUAGGUAGUAUGCAUCUUUCUUUGUUAAGUAUUCAACCAUCAUGCGUGACAAACGCGAAACUAUUAAUACACUAUUUUUUAUAUUAAUAUGUGUCAUAAUACAAGUGAUUGUUUUCGUGUUUAUAUUUUUUUCAAAUGUGCCAUCAAUGAGAUUAGAGCAAGUAGUUAUAUUAAGCAGGCAUAAUGUGAGAACUCCUUUGUCUAAAAACCUUGGCAGAAUGACCCCACAGCCAUGGCCACACUUUAAGGAAAAACCUGGAUAUCUUACUGAAAAAGGUUUUGUUUUAGAAGGCUAUAUGGGUACUUUUUUUUUCAGUUGGUUACAUAAUGAAGGUUUACUAUCUAAAAAUUGUCCAACAGAUGAAGAAUUCUAUGUAUAUGCAAAUUCAAUGCAGAGAACACUGUUCUCUGCACAAGCAUUUGUUAAUAAAGCUUUCCCAGAUUGUAACAUUACAGUGCACCAUACUGAUCUAAAUAAAACAGAUCUCAUUUUCAAUCCAGUAAUACAUAAUUCUUCAGCAAUUUUUAAAGAUAUUGCUCUUAAAGAAAUGAAAUAUGUUUUAGACAAUUUAAAUUUAGAGCAAUCCUAUAAAUCCAUGGAAAAUAUUCUCAAUUACAAAUACUCAGAUCUUUGUAAACUAGAUAAUGAAUGUGACAUGAGUAAGGAUAAAAAUCAAUUAGAAAUAUUGGUAGGCAAAAAGCCUAAACUCUCGGGACCUUUAAAAUUGUGUAAUGAAGCUAUUGAUGACUUUUUGAUGUCAUAUUAUAAUGGAUUUCCCAUGGAAGAUGUUGCUUGGGGCAAAUUAAAUGGAAAAAAUAAAUGGCAUUCAGUUUUGGACCUUACCGCUGGUUAUCAUAAUGUUACUUUUAACACAACCCAUGUCUCAAAAGAUAUAGCAAAACCACUUUUAAAAUAUAUGACUGACAUAUUCAAUGAUAAAAUCUCUAAUGUUGUUUUAUUAAUGGGGCAUGAUGCAAAUAUUAAUGUAAUGUUAAACGCAAUGUCUUUUAAACCAUAUAAUUUAUCGGAUAGUUUUGUUUCAACACCAAUUGGCGGGAAGAUUGUUUUCCAGAAGUGGUUUGACAUGACAUUAAAUAAAUAUUUGCUAAAAAUUAAUUAUAUUUAUCAAACAAAUAAACAGCUGAGACAUGGUCAUGUAUUAUCACUAAAAAGCCCGCCAAACUUUGCUUUGUUAGAAUUAAAAUAUUGCAAAACAGAUAACAACGGUUUUUGUCUUUGGGAUGAUUUUAUUCGAUUUUUAAAUAAAAUUUAUGACGAUAAUUAUGAAGCCUUGUCUUAGAUAUAAAAAAACGAUCAUAAAAUCUUAUUCAUAUGACUGCAAAUACUACAGUUUACUCGAAUAGAUUAAAUGUGUUAAUAUAAGUAACUAUAUCAUAAAAAAAUAUGAAGUUAAAAAAAAGUUAGUGUGCUAUUUGCGUUAGAGGAACGUGUUUAAAUUGUAAACUGGAAAGUGUAAUAAUGGUCAGAUAGCUACCAUGAUUCGUCUAGAUAUUUGUGAUUGAAGAAGUUAAAUUAAUUUUAAUUAAACUAAGAGUGUACCCACAAAAGACGGCUCAGUUGGCAAAGGAGAUUUCUAAAGGGACAUACAAAUCACGAAACCUUAAAACAAAAUAAUAUGACGUUUUCUAUGAAAUUUUAUCUCCUAUGUAAUCAGUGGCAAUUUUUUACAAGAUGCGGUACUAUAAGCAAAAUAUAAUUAAAAGUCUACGUAAUUUUUUAUACAGAAUCUGCUGCAAUUUUAUUUAACGUAUCAGUCGUCGUCGUCAUGAUGUUUUGAGGUGUUUAUUAAGUCUAUCUUUAUAUAUAUAAAAUUACAUAUAAUAAUAAUACUUUAUUUAUAUAAAAUGACAACUGGGCUACAUGUAUAGAGUUCAAUAACUUCUUUGUUUUUUUAAUGUAUACAUUAAUGUUUUGAUAAGAUAUCAAUUGCCAUGUCUUCUAGUCAAUAAAGGUCAACAGUAGACAUACAGAUAAGAUAAUUUCUAUAUAAUAUAAAACAGACUUUUCCCGCCGUCUGUACACUUAGAUUUUUUUUAAACUACACAACGGAUUUUAAUGCGAUUUUUCCAAUAAAAAGAGAAUAAAGGAAAAUUUAUAUGUAUAAUAUGGAUGUUAUAUAGUUUUAUUAUAAUACAAUAGUAAGCACAGAUAAUGUUAUCUGUACUUACGAUAGUUCGAUAAACUCUUCAAUCUUAAAAAACCUUUAUCACUGGGCUGUUCCAGGAAGUAGUUCCCGUAGUUAUUAAGAAUAUUGCGUAAAAUCUGUAUUUAAAUUAUAAGAAAAUUAAAAUAUAUAGGUAUAUGUUUAUUUUUAAAUAAUAAGGAAUAUAUUUUGUAAUUUAAGUAUAGAUUUGUUUUUAUAUUAAAAAUAAUUAUUGAGAGGAUUGUAAAUAUAUUACAUAAUAUGUAUUUUAAAAAUGAUCAAUAUUACGAUAGUAUUUAAGCUAUGUUUAUGUAAAAAAAU